AUGGGCAGCUAUGACCAGUGCAGAAGGGCGCAGGACAGAGCAACUGUCCAAUUCUCUGUGGUGUUCUCCAUCCUGCACAGUCCCUGUGGUAACAUUUGCCGGUCACCUAUUGCAGAAGCAGUUUUCAGAAAACUAGUAACCAAUGCAAAUGUUUCAGAUAACUGGGCCAUUGACAGCGGCGCUGUUUCUGACUGGCACGUGGGCCGGGCCCCGGACCCAAGAGCUAUGAGCUGCCUAAGAAAUCAUGGCAUUAGCACAGCCCAUAAGGCAAGACAGGUUACCAAAGAAGACUUUGCCACAUUUGAUUAUAUACUGUGUAUGGAUCAAAGCAAUCUGAGAGAUUUGAAUAGAAAAAGUAAUCAAGUUAAAAACUACAAAGCUAAAAUUGAGCUACUUGGGAGCUAUGGUCCACAGAAACAAAUCAUUAAAGAUCCCUAUUAUGGCAACGACUCAGACUUUAAGCUGGUGUGCCAGCAGUGCCUCAGAUGCUGCCGGGCCUUCCUGGAGAAGACCUCCUAGCUGAAUCUUUCCUCAGCAGCU